AUGUGUCAAAUGUGGCAACGAAUUCGAUAUGGAGUUCGGUGGAAGCCAGCAGAGCGCCUUGCUCUUGCAGCGCGAGCGCUUGAUUUGACGAAAGUGAAAUCGGUUGACAUUUCACUGGAUCCAUUCCAUAGCGGAAAUGCAUCAGUAAGGAGGUUUUGGGAGUGCAUCAUGAGUCCGAAGGUUAGGAUGACGAACCCUACCGUCAAAGUGUCAGCUGAAGUUCGUAACGAUCGGCAACCUCCAUUCUUCAUUGCUACUUUAGAUAAUGGGAAGAAACUUCUCUUCAAAACUGACAACAUGCCUGCAAUGGAUCUGAUCAUGCGGUUUAACAAACUACUAGGAAACCCGGAACUGGGUAAAUCUGGAACUAGACCGCGACCCAAGCUAUGA